CUGGUCGCCUUACAAGAUUAGGUCAAUUAUUUCCAGCGACGCGCUCGAAAGAUUAGGUUACCCAAUCCUCAACCAGAACCGGCGCUCAGGGAACUCGUAUAUAUCCAAGCUUUUGACGAUGCAGUCUGAGUUAAAUUUUCUCAUCUCUGCAAUCUGCACUAGCAUAUCGGGAUACCGCAGCGUCCGGCCAUGGCCCAAGCUCGCGUCGCCCUCGCGCUGUGCGCCCUGCUGCUCCUCCACGGCGUCGCCUGGGAGGCGCGGGCGGCGUCGUACACCGUCGGGAACAGCGCCGGCUGGGACAUCAGCGCCGACCUCCAGUCGUGGGCCGCCGCCAAGAUAUUCAACGUCGGCGACGUUCUAGUGUUCACGUACUCCAAGACCCACACCCUGGACGAGGUGGACGCGGCGGGGUUCAAGAGCUGCAGCGCCGCCAACGCGCUGCUCUCCAGCAGCGACGGCAACACGACGGUGCCCCUGACGGCGGGCGGCGACCGGUACUUCAUCUGCGGCCACCAGAUGCACUGCCUCGGCGGCAUGAAGCUGCACGUGCACGUCACCUCGCCAGCCGGCUCCACCACGCCGGGAGCCCCUGCCGGCGCCCCGCGGGCGAGCCCCGGCGCCGCUCUCGGCCCGGCCGGCGGCACCGACGACGACGCCGGCAUCCCCAGGCUCGACCUCGGCGGGUCGCACCGGCUGGGGGUCGUGUGGCCCGCGCUGGCGACGUUGUGGUUGUGCCUAGCUGCGGCUCUGUUUGCAUGAAAGUUUUUGUUUUUUGAAGCGCUGCAUGAAAGUUUUUGUCAAACUUAUUGCUCGUUCUGAGUGAUUUUUAACCUUUUCCA